CUCGCUGGGUCCGCCUCCAUUGUGUUGCAUCCCUGGCAGGAGCAGAGGGAGCUGCGGAGACACAGGGAGACAGAGGGAGACACGGGGAGACACGGGGAGACAGAGGGACACACGGGGAGACGCCGGGAGACUGGAGCCCCAAGACUUCGUCUCCGCCGCGUGAAAUGGCGGCAGCCGCAGCGAACGCGGCGGCUGAAAUGACUGACCAAGCCGUGCCCGCCGGGGUCACUGGGGUCACGGGGUCAGGGACCCCUGCCGGGGUCACCGCCUCAACCCAGGGCUGCGUCGCUGCAGGGCAGAGGGGCAAGCGGCGCCCAGGGCUGGAGUUUGACGACGAAGGGCAGGGAUCCGGCAAGUUUCCCCGGUGUGCGGAGGAGGCCUCCGUGGAGAGAGACUCGUGUGCCAGACGGACGGACAAACCAAUCACCCUGCCUGGGCCUGCCUGUCUGGAGAAUCACAGCGAGAUCGAGCGGCGGCGUCGGAACAAGAUGACGGCGUACAUCACGGAGCUGUGCGACAUGGUGCCCACGUGCAGCGCUCUCGCGCGCAAGCCCGACAAGCUCACCAUCCUGCGCAUGGCCGUGUCGCACAUGAAGUCGCUGCGCGGCACGGGCAACACUCCCACGGAGGGCGCCUACAAGCCCUCCUUCCUCACCGAUCAGGAGCUGAAGCACCUGAUCCUGGAGGCGGCCGACGGCUUCCUGUUCGUGGCGGCGUGCGAGACGGGGCGGAUCAUCUUCGUGUCGGACUCGGUGACGCCCGUGCUGAACCAGCCGCAGUCCGAGUGGUUUGGCGGCACUCUCUACGACCAGACUCACCCCGACGACGUCGACAAACUCCGCGAGCAGCUCAGCACCUCGGAGAGCGCCAUGACGGACGGACGGACAAACCAAUCACCCUGCCUGGGCCUGCCUGCCUGCCGCAUCCUGGACCUGAAGACGGGAACGGUGAAGAAGGAGGGGCAGCAGUCGUCCAUGCGCAUGUGCAUGGGCUCACGGCGCUCCUUCAUCAGCCGCAUGCGGUGCGGCACGGCGCCCGUGGACCCGGUCACUGCCAACCGCCUGGGUCACCUCCGCAACCGCUACCGGAACAGCCUGGGCCCAGCGAAGGAGGGUGAGGCGCAGCACGCCGUGGUGCACUGCACCGGGUACAUCAAGGCCUGGCCGCCAGCCGGCAUGACCAUGACGGAGGAGGACUCGGAGGCGUCGCAAGGGAGCAAGUACUGCCUGGUCGCCAUCGGCCGCCUCCAGGUGACGAGCUCGCCAAACUGCGGGGACAUGGCGGCCUCCUCGCUGCCCUCCGAGUUCAUCUCCCGCCACAACAUCGACGGCGCCUUCACCUUCGUGGACCACCGCUGCUCCGGGGUGCUGGGGUACCAGCCGCAGGAACUGCUCGGCAAGGAUCCCGUUGGAUUCUGCCACCCGGAGGAUCAGAGCCACGUGCGCGACAGCUUCCAGCAGGUGCUGAAGCUCAAGGGCCAGGUGCUGUCGGUGAUGUUCCGGUUCCGCAGCAAGGGCCGCGAGUGGGUCUGGCUCCGCACCAGCAGCUUCACAUUCCAGAACCCCUACUCCGAUGAGGUGGAGUACAUCGUAUGUACCAACACCAACGUCAACCGCCAGCUGCAGCAAGGAGGAGGAACGGCCGAGUUGGAGUCGGGCCCGGGGCGUGAUGGUCUGGGCUUCGAGCACUCGCAGGUGGCGGGCAGCGUGGCUGAGCACAGCAAGAUCCUGGACAAGAGCGAGGGGCUGUUUGGGCCGGAGCGAGACCCUCACUUCACCGAGGUGUACAGUGGCCUGGCGUCCGACCAGAAGCUCGGCUCCAAGAGCGGCCUCGUGUCGCCGUCGGCCGCGGCAGGGCAAACCAUUUUCCAGCAGGGGGGCACGGCCAGCUUCCCCCGUGCGGGGCAACCGUACAGCCCGAGCCUGGCGCUGGUGCAGGCGCCGUCGGCCGGGCAGAUCUUGGCCCAGAUGUCACGGCAGACGUCGGCGUCCGGGGCCAGCCAAGCAUCGGCCACCACCACCUGGCCCGGCAAGGCUCAGUCUCCGCCGUUUGGCCACAGCUUUGCGGCGAGCCCCUCGUCCUUCAGCCCCCUCUCCAACCCGGCGUCGGCGCCGUCGCCCGGCGCGCCCACCUACGCCAGCAUCGGCACGCGCACCACACCCUACGAGGGGGGCCAGGGAGGGGGUCCCGGCGGAGGGGGCUGGCCCCAGUGGCAGCACGGGGGCCAGGGAGGAGAAGGGCACACUCACCCCCCUGCAGGGCAGCCCGAGGUGUUCCAGGAGAUGCUGUCCAUGCUGGGAGACCCCACGCAGGGAGCUGGGAACUACAACAACGAGGACUUUGGAGACCUUGGAAUGUUCCCUCCCUUUUCCGAGUGACCUAAUGACCUGGGUCACCUCUUCCCCUCCCCCCCGUCUGCGUGACCAUGUGACCUGGGUUAUAUCCCCCCCCCCCUCCAUCGAGUUGUUCAUUGUGAAAACGCCCCAUUGAUUUGGUGACCUGAGCCAAUUUGGUUCAUUGCUGAGAGGUGGAUUAAUGGAGCGGAGGGGUUCACGAGUUUAUGGAUUCAUUCAUUGCUUGAGUCAUGAAUGCAUUGAUGGGUUCAUUCAUCGCUUGAGUCAUGAAUGCAUUGAUGGGUUCAUAGGCAGAGAGGGGUUAUGGGGUCACUGGCUUAACGAGGUGAAACGUUUCUAAGCAAGCGGAUCAUAAUGCCAAUGGAUUGAUGCAUCGGUGAGUGGUUUAGUUAAUGGGUAGUUGGCAGGUCAAUGAGUUGAUGGAUUAAUGAAUCGUGGGGUUAAUUAGUGGGUUCCGUAAUGAGUCGACGUGUUAAACGAGGAGCGAUUGAAUUAAUACGUCAAUGGGUUAACGAGGCCGUGUGUAAUGAGUCGAUGGUUUAGCCCGUUAAUGAGGGUGCGGUUUUAAAAUAUCAGUGGGUCAAGGUAGGCGCUGCAUAAUGGGUCGGUGAGUUAACUAAUGAAUAGUUAACGAGCCGGUGAGUUAACGGGUUGGUGAGUUAGCGGGGCCGGUGAGUUAACGGGGCCGGUGAGUUAAUGAGUCAGAGGGUUAACGGGGCCGGUGAGUUAACGGGUUGGUGAGUUAAUAGGGUCAGUGAGUUAAUGAGUCAGAGGGUUAACGAGUCAAGAGGGUUAACGGGGCUGGUGAGUUAACGGGGCCGGUGAGUUAAUGAGUCAGAGGGUUAAUGGGGCUGGUGAGUGAACGAGCUGGCGGGUAAAUUAAUGAAGCUAUUAACUUUGUCUCCGUUCCGCACCCCACCCCCUCCCCCCAUUCGUGCUGUGGUGGUGGAGGGAUGGGGGAGGGGGUAGCGGGUGGGGGCCGCGUGCCAAACGUCGUCUCUCUGUGCGUCUCGUGACUGUGAUUAACUCCGCCGCGCAGUCUUCGUCGUUAUAAUUAUUGUUGUUGAUGUUAUUGAUGAUGUUGUUAUUGACGUUGUUGAUGUAAUGAUCGUCGUUGUCGUCGUUAAAGUCGCCACGCGUUGGUCGUGUGAGCGCGCGCUGCGUGGCCAUCGCCGCAACAACAAAAACACCACGAGGAGCGGCCCGCCACUGAUCGUCGCUGGUCGCGAACGUCGCCAAUUUAUCCGGGAAAGCCGCAGUCCAGCGACUCGCUUUGCGGGAGGGAGGGAGGGUCCUUGCUGCUGCGUUGAGGUUUUUUUUUAUUUUCAAGAUGUUCUCAGCCAAUUAAUGAUGAGUCGUGUUUGUUUGUUAUUCACGUUGGGGGGAGGGGGGGGUGGAAGCGGAGCAGCCGGAGAAAACCCACGCCUUGGUCGAGGGGGCAACGCUCUAUCCCCGUACAGAUGGAAACGGGUGGAGGUUCGUCCGCAAUUUUCUCUCCCGCGUUCUCCGAGCAAGCCAGGGCAUGGCACCUCCUCGACGCCCGAUGGCGAGGAAGUUUCACACCAUCCGUGUGUGGUCCUCCAACCCUCCUUGCUGCUGCCUCCGCAGCACUGGAUGACAGCAGUCACGUGCCACACAGCCACCACUACUGUCCGGGGAACCGAGCAGCAGUUCUGCCUCUAACCCUCUCAUCACCCAGCCACGACUACGAACCCUAACUAGCCAACCAAUCAGAUACAAUCACAACCCUACCACCAACCCUAACUAGCCAACCAAUCAGAUACAAUCACAACCCUACCACCAACCCUAACUAGCCAACCAAUCAGAUACAAUCAUAACCCUACCACCAACCCUAACUAGCCAACCAAUCGGAUACAAUCACAACCCUACCACCAACCCUAACUAGCCAGCCAAUCAGAUACAAUCACAACCCGACCACUAUCCCUAAUUAGCCAGCCAAUCAGAUACAAUCACAACCCUACUGCUAUCCCUAACUAGCCAACCAAUCGGAUACAAUCACAACCCUACCACUAUCCCUAAUUAGCCAGCCAAUCAGAUACAAUCACAACCCUACCACCAACCCUAACUAGCCAACCAACCGGAUACAAUCACAACCCUACCACCAACCCUAACUAGCCAGCCAAUCAGAUACAAUCACAACCUGACCACUAUCCCUAAUUAGCCAGCCAAUCAGAUACAAUCACAACCCUACCACCAACCCUAACUAGCCAGCCAAUCAGAUACAAUCACAACCCUACUACUAUCCCUAACUAGCCAGCCAAUCAGAUACAAUCACAACCCUACCACCAACCCUAACUAGCCAGCCAAUCAGAUACAAUCACAACCCUACUACUAUACAUAACUAGCCAACCAAUCAGAUACAAAAAAACACAACCCUACCACUAACCCUAACUAGGCAGCCAAUCACACAAACACAAUCCUACAACUAACCCAACUAGCCAGCCAAUUGUAUACAAUCACAACCCUACCACUAUCCCUAACUAGCCAACCAAUCGGAUACAAUCACAACCCUACUACUAACCCUAACUAGCCAGCCAAUCAGACACGAACACAACCCUACAACUAACCCAACUAGCCAGCCAAUCAAACACAACCCUAACCAUAACUAGUGGGCAAACUUGAUAUGAUCACGUGCUUGUCCACUCACCAAGCCAGCCAGACAAUACAGCUCAUAUCCCCUACCCAGCCAGACAAUACUACUCAUAUCCCCUACCCAGCCAGACAAUACAGCUCAUAUCCCCUACCCAGUCAGACAAUACUACUGAUAUCCCCUACCCAGUCAGACAAUACUACUCAUAUCCCCUACCCAGCCAGACAAUACUGCUCAUAUCCCCUACCCAGCCAGCCAAUACUGCUCAUAUCCCCUACCCAGCCAGACAAUGCUACUCAUAUCCCCUACUCAGUCAGACAAUACUGCUCAUAUCCCCUACCCAGUCAGACAAUCUGCUCAUAUCCCCUACCCAGCCAGACAAUACUACUCAUAUCCCCUACCCAGCCAGACAACACUACUCAUAUCCCCUACCCAGUCAGACAAUACAGAUCAUAUCCCCUACCCAGCCAAUACAGCUCAUAGCCCUACCCAGCCAGACAAUAUAGCUCAUAUCCCCUACCCAGUCAGACAAUACUACUCAUAUCCCCUACCCAGCCAGACAAUACAGCUCAUAUCCCCUACCCAGCCAGACAAUACUACUCAUAUCCCCUACCCAGCCAGACAAUACUACUCAUAUCCCCUACCCAGCCAGACAAUACUACUCAUAUCCCCUACCCAGCCAAACAAUACAGCUCAUAUCCCCUACCCAGCCAGACAAUGCAGCUCAUAUCCCCUACCCAGCCAGACAAUACUACUCAUAUCCCCUACCCAGCCAUACAAUACAGAUCAUAUCCCCUACCCAGCCAGACAAUACUACUCAUAUCCCCUACCCAGCCAGACAAUACUACUCAUAUCCCCUACCCAGCCAGACAAUACUACUCAUAUCCCCUACCCAGUCAGACAAUACAGAUCAUAUCCCCUACCCAGUCAGACAAUACAGCUCAUAGCCCUACCCAGCCAGACAAUACUACUCAUAUCCCCUACCCA